AUGAUGAAGUUCAUCUUCCUUCAUCUUCUCGGUUUUCCAUCAGGGUUUCGCUUCUUAUCAUCGGUGAGGUCGUGUUUCUUCUUAUCAGUACUAGGGUCUCGUUUCUUAUCAUCAGUGAGUCCUCGUUUCUUCUUAUCAGUAUCAGAUUUCAUCUUGGUGAGGGGCCAGAUUGACGAGACCUGUGAGACUUCUGAGAUUGCUCCAUGUUCCCUGUGUGGCUGUGUGAGGAUACAGAGAUUAAUGGCUGCGAUAGGGGUUAGCAAAGCUCCUUAUUUCUUCUCUACCAGACAGGUCACUCAACUUACCCUGGUUCACCUUUGGGACCAGAUACUUAUCAUGAAUAUCGAAUCUUACUUGUCCAAGAUUACGAGCCAAUGUGUCACAAUUCAAAUGCUUGGGAGACUUGCAGAGGUAGGAACCGCUGUGAAGCUUUCCGCUCCAAAACCCAACUGGGUGCCGCCUUCAGCCGCUUGCUUGUUCUGGUGCCCAUUGUUUCUUGUUCUAAAAGAUUUGGAUUUGUUUCUUGUUCUGGUGCCUUCAGCCGCUUGCUUGUUCAAGAGUCUUGACAAAAGUUGUUUAGGUCCUUUGAGGAAAGCUUAUUGCAGCUCUCUUAAUCUACUUUUAAGCAUGAGAGCAAUUACAAAAGCAUCAAGAAAUCCAACUGUUUUGCUCGAAGGUUCAACUGGUUCAAAUCAAAAUGUAAACAAUGCAGAUACUUCCACUGCUCUGAAUAAUAUGCCAAAAUGCUCACCAUAUUUAUCCCACUCCUUCUUGAUGAGUCCAGCAGGACUCAUCACAUGCAUGACACAAGGAACUACUAGUCUUCUUAGUAAUACAAUUUAUGCCAUAAGUGAUGCUGCCACCCAAGAUCAAGUUCCAGAGAAUGAUGUCAAAGGAAUUUCUAAGGAUAAACCACUGAUCCACCGGGAGCAGGAAAAACACAAACAAUUCUUGGGCUUCUUAGUGCCAUAUUACAAACCAGCUGAGUAUAUAAGUCUCUUAGUAACUUAUGCAGGUAACAAUAUUGUUCAUAGCUGGGCUGUUAAUGUUCCUAUUUGUUUUCAUUUAUGCAGUCCAGCAGGACUCAUCACAUGCAUGACACAAGGAACUACUAGUCUUCUUAGUAAUACAAUUUAUGCCAUAAGUGAUGCUGCCACCCAAGAUCCACCGGGAGCAGGAAAAACACAAACAAUUCUUGGGCUUCUUAGUGCCAUAUUACAACCAGCUGAGUAUAUAAGUCUCUUAGUAACUUAUGCAGGUAACAAUCUUGUUGAAAGGACUUAUGAAUCAGAUAUUAAUGGUAACAAGUUUAACACUCGAGUCCAUACGAUUAGAUGUUAA